AUGGGCUCCGCCGAGGUGCCCGCUCAGGAUGUCCCGACUACCGAGUCGGACAGCGUCAACAACGAGAAGGAGGCUUCACGCGAUAUCACGACCAGCAGCGUCGAGAGCGCCGGCUGGGACGGGGCCGCGUCCAAGAGGCUGAUGCGCAAGAUCGACAUCCAUCUGAUCCCGUUCCUGGCCCUCUUGUAUCUCCUGUCCUUCUUGGACCGCACAAACAUUGGCAAUGCCCGCCUCUACGAGCUCGAGAAGGAUAUCGGCCUCAGCUCCGUGAAGCUCCAGUACAAUGACGCUCUCGCCAUCUUCUUCCCCUUCUAUGUUGCUGCCGAGAUCCCUUCCAACAUGGCCAUGAAGCGGUUUCGCCCUUCCGUCUGGAUCCCGAGCAUCAUGGUGGCCUGGGCCAUCUGCUGUACUCUCAUGGGCAUCGUCCACAACUACUCUGGCCUGAUGGCUACCCGUGUUUUCUUGGGCAUUGCCGAGGGCGGUCUCUUCCCCGGCAUCACCUACUACAUCACCAUGUGGUACAAGCGCCAUGAGUGUGGUCUCCGUAUGGCCAUCUUCUUCUCGGCCGCUACAGCGGCUGGGGCUUUCGGAGGUCUGCUUGCCCGCGGCAUUGUCGAGAUGGAAGGCGUCGCUGGCUUGAACGGGUGGCAGUGGAUCUUCAUCCUAGAAGGCAUUCUCACCUUUGUCGUCGCCAUCAUUGCCUACUUUGUCAUGAAUGAUUACCCGGCCACGGCCAAGUUCCUAUCUUCCGAGGAGCGUGUCGAGGUCGAGGCUCGCCUAAAGCGCGACCGGUCGUCGCUCGCGGACGAGUUCGCCACCAAGUACUUCUGGGAUGCCAUCAAGGACUGGAAGAUUUGGGUGCACAUGUUCAUCACCAUCGGCGUCUACACUGGGCUCUACUCUUACUCGCUCUUCCUCCCGACCAUUAUCCGCGAUCUUGGCUACACCAACAACACGGCCCAGCUGAUGACGGUCCCGCCAUAUGUGGUCGCCUGCGUCUUCUGCGUCGGUGCUGGCUACCUGGCCGACAAGCUUGGCCAGCGUGGUCUCUUCAUGAUCUUCUUCAUGGGCAUGUCCAUCGUCGGCCUGAUUAUGCUCUUGGCCAGCCAGACUGCUGGAGUCAAGUACGCCGGGUCCUUCUUCCUUGCGUCGGGCAUCUACCCGAACGUGCCGCAGGGUGUGGCAUGGAACGGCAAUAACAUUGGCGGCUCUCUGAAGCGAGGCGUCGGUAUCGCCAUGCACGUCGGCUUCGGCAACUUGGGCGGCACCAUCUCGGCUUAUCUGUUCCUCCCCAGGCAGGGCCCCAAGUAUUACGAAGGCUUUUCUACCCUCCUAGCCUGCCAAGCCAUGGCCAUGGCCCUGUCUAUCUUCAUGACUAUCUACCUUAGACGCGAGAAUGCCCGCCGUGACCGCGAGUACAAGCCUCCGAGCGAGUACACCGAGGAGGAGCGGGUGGCUGAGCGAGAGAAGGGAGACAAUGCUACCUUUUUCCGGUACACUAUCUAA